AUGUCGAGGACUAAUCUUCUCACCAAAUUCAAGCAUCUUCAUUCACCUGAUCAGGGUAUGGAUGCUGCUGACCCUGUAUUAGCAUUAUCAGAACACCUUCAAGAGGUUCCACAACUUUUAGACAGAGUGAUUUCAAACCAUGAGCGUUUGGUGCGUAGCAGACCUCUAGAUUGUUCCCAACCCGAGUUUACUGACAGCUCCAAGAUUCAGGAGCUCGUAUCUAUAGUCCAGGACGUGUCUAUGCGUUUUCGUACUAUCACAGACUGUUCCACGUGCCUUAAUAUGACCGUUAAAGAAGCCUUGAGACAAGGCUGCAUCUAUGCCCGAGGACAGAUGAAGGAACUCUUUGGUGGACUCAAAGCGCUUGCAGAACUUCCGGAAGCUCUAGAGUCUAUCCGUGGCAACCUUCUCUCUUGUGAGCGCGAUAUCCAGAGUGCCCGUGCUGAAGCCUCCAAGACAGCCCACUUAUUUUUUACCAUAGCAGAUAGCAAUCUGUCUGUGGUGCGUUCAGACAAGGCCCUGCUGGGAUAG